AUGAUGAAACUCUUUGAGAUUAAGUUUACAGACAAAUUCAAUUCUCUUCCGGGAGGAUUUUGGUCUGGCAUUGAUGUUUGGAUAAAUAAACAACACGUUGUGAACAAACGUCUUUGUGGAGUCAGAGACAGAGAGCAAGAAUGUGGGCUUUGAAGAAUUUGUAAACAUCCUCCUAAUUCAUGGAUGUGAUACAUCAGAGUCCAAGGAUGUUCUUUCUUUAGUGAAUAGUGGUAUUGAACUUGAAUAUGACAAGGAGAGACUGUGGUAUUUUUGUGUGAGGACUUUAAUUCCUCACGUAAACUUAUGGCACAACUGUACAUAAAGACAUUAUACUAAAAGGUAAGGACAUGUUAAUGACAUUAAGCUUCUUAUCAUUGAGUUCUGGCUGACUUUACAACAUGUGCACAACACGUAUUUGGAUACAGUCAGAUAUGUGAAAUGUUGUGUGUUCCUUUUUAAAAAAUCUUUACAUUUUCAGACUUUGACUCUCAAAGAGUAAAGUAAGCUUCUUACCAGUUGAAGAGAGUGUGGAAGAAACUGCGUCUCUAAGGAAGAACAACAUCUAUCAGAUACACCUUCUGCCUGAGAAAAAUUAUGAUUGGUUAGUGUCUACAUUACUUUGCUCUGUAAUCUCGUCUCCAGGUCACUGGGGCUACACCUCCUGCGGCCUGAUGACUGGUUCAGUGACAAGGUGGCCUACCCCAAACUGCCCUGGCUGGGUGGGGAGCUCCUGCCCAAACUGGUAUGCUGGGCCACAGAGGGUAAGACCAGUGAGUACAGGAGUACCCUGUCCCUGCUGCCUGUAGAGAAGUACAGCAUCAUGUACCAACAGCUGAAGGACAAGUACAAGGAGAUGGUCAAGGUAUGGUCAAUGGUCAAGGUCAAGGGUCAAGGUCUUUACUGAAUGGCGCCGAAGAAGAUGGCUGCCGUUCUACAGCCCUCUAACCAAUUGUACUAUUAUGUGUGUUUUUUCGCGUAAUUUGUAAUUUAUUCUGUACAUAAUGUAUUUUAUGACCAAAAGGAGCUUCUGGAUAUCAGGACAGCGAUUAUUCACCUCGUAUUGGCCGGAAAAAAAUUAUUCAACAUGUCGGACGCGAAGGAUGUCCUACACACACCGACAAGGCCCAAAUCCCCGUCAUUCACAUGAGAAAGAGACGGAGAUAUCGUAGACGUAGGUCGGGGUGCCUUGUAAGGAUCCGACUGCGAGCGAGUAAACUGCCUCUUCCAUCAAUCCUAUUAGCCAAUGUUCAAUCAUUUGAAAAUAAAUUAGACGACAUAAGAUUACGGUUAUCCUACCAACAGAACAUUAAAAACGUCGUGGCUGAACGACGACAUGGAUAACAUACAGCUGGUGGGAUAUACGCUACAUCGGCAGGAUAGAACAGCUGACUCCGGUAAGACAAGAGGUGGCGGUCUGUGUAUAUUUGUAAACAACAGCUGGUGCAAAAAAUCUAAUACUAAGGAAGUCUCGAGAUUUUGCUCACCAGAAGUAGAGUAUCUCAUGAUAAGCUGUAGACCACACUAUUUACCAAGAGAGUUUUCAUCUAUAUUUUCCGUAGCUGUCUAUUUACCACCACAAACCAAUGCAGGCACUAAGAUUGCACUCAAUAAGCUGUAUAAGGCCAUAAGUAAACAGGAAAAUGCUCAUCCAGAGGCAGCGCUCCUAGUGGCCGGGGACUUUAAUGCAGGGAAACUUAAAUCCGUUCUACCUAAUUUCUACCAGCAUGUUAAAUGUGCAACCAGAGGGGGAAAAAAAAACUCUAGACCACCUUUACUCCACACACAGAGACACGUACAAAGCUCUCCCUCGCCCUCCAUUUGGCAAAUUUGACCAUAACUCUAUCCUCCUGAUUCCUGCUUAUAAGCAAAAACUAAAGCAGGAAGCACCUGUGACUCGGUUAAUAAGGAAGUGGUCAGAUGACGCAGAUGCUAAGCUACAGGACUGUUUUGCUAGCACAGACUGGAAUAUGUUCCGGGAUUCUUCCGAUAUCAUUGAGGAGUACACCACAUCAGUCACUGGCUUCAUCAAUAAGUGCAUCGAUGAUGUCGUCCCCACAGGGACCGUACGUACAUACCCCAACCAGAAGCCAUGGAUUACAAGCAACAUCCACACUGAGCUAAAGGGUAGAGCUGCCGCCUUCAAGGAGCGGGACUCGAACCCGGACACUUAUAAGAAUCCCGCUAUGCCCUCCGACCAGCCAUCAAACAGGCAAAGAGUCAAUACAGGACUAAGAUUGAAUUGUAAUACACCGGCUCGGACGCUUGUCGUAUGUGGCAAGGCUUGAAAACUAUUACAGACUACAAAGGGAAGCACAGCCGUGAGCUGCCCAGUGACACAAGCCUACCAGACGAGCUAAAUCACUUCUAUGCUCGCUUCGAGACAAACAACACUGAAGCAUGCAUUAGAGCAUCAGCUGUUCUGGAUGACUGUGUGAUCAAGCUCUCUGUAGCUGAUGUGAGUAAGACUUUUAAGCAGGUCAACAUUCACAAGGCCGCAGGGUCAGACGGAUUACCAGGACGUGUACUCCGAGCAUGCGCUGACCAACUGGCAAGUGUCUUCACUGACAUUUUCAACAUGUCCCUGACUGAGUCUGUAAUACCAACAUGUUUCAAGCAGACCACCAUAGUCCCUGUGCCCAAGAACACUAAGAUAACCUGCCUAAAUGACUACCGACCCGUAGCACUCACGUCUGUAGCCAUGAAGCGCUUUGAAAGGCUGGUCAUGGCUCACAUCAACACCAUUAGAAACCCUAGACCCACUCCAAUUUGCAUACCGCCCCAACAGAUCCACAGAUGAUGCAAUCUCGAUUGCACUCCACACUGCCCUUUCCCACCUGGACAAGAGGAACACCUACGUGAGAAUGCUAUUCAUUGCCUACAGCUCAGCGUUCAACACCAUAGUGUCCUCAAAGCUCAUCACUAAGCUAAGGACCCUGGGACUAAACACCUCCCUCUGCAACUGGAUCCUGGACUUCCUGACGGGCCGCCCCCAGGUGGUAAGCGUAGGUAACAACACAUCUGCCACGCUGAUCCACAACACGGGGGCCCCUCAGGGGUGCGUGCUCAGUCCCCUCCUGUACUCCCUGUUCACCCAUGACUGCAUGGCCAGGCACGACUCCAACACCAUCAUUAAGUUUGGUGGUGGUAGGCCUGAUCACCGACAAUGAUGAGACAGCCUAUAGGGAGGAGGUCAGAGACCUGGCCUUGUGGUGCCAGGAGAACAACCUCUCCCUCAACGUGCUCAAGACAAAGGAGAUGAGUUCCAAACACACCAAGACAGUCGUGAAGAGGGCACGACAAAGCCUAAUCUCCCUCAGGAGACCGAAAAGAUUUGGCAUGGAUCCUCAGAUCCUCAAAAAGUUCUACAGCUGCACCAUCGAGAGCAUCCUGACUGGUUGCAUCACUGCCUGGUAUGGCAACUGCUCGGCCUCCGACCGCAAGGCACUACAGAGGGUAGUGCGUACGGCCCAGUACAUCACCGGGGCCAAGCUGCCUGCCAUCCAGGACCUCUAUACCAGGCGGUGUCAGAGGAAGGCCCUAAAAAUUAUCAUAGACUCCAGCCACCGUAGUCAUAGACUGUUCUCUCUGCUACCGCACGGCAAGCGGUACCGGAGCGCCAAGUCUAGGUCCAAAAGGCUUCUUAACAGCUUCUAUCCCCAAGCCAUAAGACUCCUGAAAAGCAUGGCUACCUGGACUAUUUGCAUUGCCCCUCCACCCCACCCCACCCCACCCCAACCCCCUCUUUUACGCUGCUGCUACUCUGUUUAUUAUUUAUGCAUAGUCACUUUAACUCUACCCACAUGUACAUAUUACCUAAAUUACCUCUAACCGGUGCCCCCGCACAUUGACUCUGUACCGGUACCCCUUGUAUACUGUAUAACCUCCCUACUGUUAUUUUAUUUUACUGCUGCUCUUUAAUUAUUUUAUUUUUAUUUUUAUUUUUUCUUGAACUGCAUUGUUGGUUAUGGGCUUGUAAGUAAGCAUUUCACUGUAAUGUCUACACCUGUUGUAUUCGGCGCAUGUGGCAAAUAACAUUUUAUUUGAUUUCAUAGUGUAGCCUCACAGAUCAGAUUCUUUGUAGCAGUGGUUGUUGUUGUUGAUGUUGUUUUCAUGUUAAAGUCCCAACAUACUGUAAUAUUUGUCUUUGUUUAGGUUUGGCCUGAAGUAACAGACCCUGAGAAAUUUGUCUUUACAUUUGUCGCUACAUAUAUUUUGGUAGGUCUCCUCUGUAUAUGGACAGAAUGCUAAUAUGCGUGAAAUGACAGCUCUUAUGACAUUAACUCCAUUGUUUUAUCAAUGCACAGGUCCUAUGGGGCGAGGAGCGAGCAGAGAAGGGUCUGACGGUCAAACAGUCCUUUGUGGAUCUUGGUUGUGGAAAUGGUCUCCUGGUUCACAUACUGAGCAAUGAAGGGGUCUGCAUAAUAAACACUACACAAGGUUUACCAGAAUACAGUUCCAUAAAACAACCUGCUAUGCCCUGUUGCUGAAUAGUAACACCUGGACACCUGUGGAAAACUGACCAUUGUUGCCGAUUUCUUUUAAUUCACAAAUGUCAACUGGACGCUUAAUCAAUGACACGGUGUAGCCGGCGCGUCGUAAGAAGCUUUAGGGUGCGUCCCAAAUGGCUCUGUAUUCCCUUUAUAGUGCACUACAUUUGACAAGGACCCAUAGCUGUAAUGCCAUGGUAAUGGAAUUGCGCUGAGACUUAAAAUGUAUGCCAAACCAAAAACACUGAUUUAAAAUAUUUACAUUUUUUUGUCAUUUAGCAGACGCUCUUAUCCAGAUGAAUUUACAGUAGUGAGUGCAUACUUUUUCAUAUUUGUUCGUACUGGUCCCCCGUGGGAAUCGAACCCACAAUCCUGGCGUUGCAAUUGCCAUGCUGUACCAACUGAGCCACACUUGACCACAACUCUAUGGACAAGGACAACUUUUAACAAUUUACACAGAACAUUUGACAAAAACACCUUUACUGGAAGAACUGUGCAGAUGCAAAGUUUGGUAACAGAGUUUCGGUAAAAAUCUCCCUCAGUUUUUUAUGUGACCACGUUUUCCACAAAUUAAGAUUCAAAGAUGUCUGCAGGAAGAAUGGGGUGUCACUUUGAAAAAUCUCUUUUGGUUAUUGAACUACAGUAAGUGAAGUGGAUUUACACAGAAUUGCGGUAACGGAAUUUCAUCAUGGGUACCUGAUCUUUAAUACACAGAAAUGCAUAAUUAUGGAUAUGAAAGUCAUGCUCUUCAUGGUGAUAUAUCCUAAAUAGGAACUCAAAGGUAGAAAUAUUCUAUGUCCUCCUUUGCAUAAUUGGGUAAUAUCCUACACACUAUUAUUUUAAUGAGCUUCCCCACCAAACAAGACCGAAUUUGGUUGGUCCGCACCGGACCGAAUCUGAACCAAUCAUAGACGCCUAUGUUUCACAAGUUCUGACAUCAAAGUACAGCACAGUAGAGUACAGUACAUCAAAGUACAGCACAGUAGAGUAAAGUAGAGUAAAGUAGAGUUUAGUGUACUCAACUCGUGUGCUCUACUGUGUACUGUACAGUCGUGGUCAAAAGUUUUGAGAAUGACACAAGUAUUGGUCUUCACAAAGUUCGCUGCUUCAGUGUUAUGAGAUAUUUUUGUCAGAUGUUACUAUGGUAUACUGAAGUAUAAUAACAAGUAUUCAAUAAGUGUCAAAAAUCUAUAUUGACAAUUACAUAAAGUUUAUGCAAAGAGUCAAUAUUUGCAGUGUUGACCCUUCUUUUUCAAGACCUCUGCAAUCCGCCCUGGCAUGCUGUCAAUUAACAUCUGGGCCACAUCCUGACUGAUGGCAGCCCAUUCUUGCAUAAUCAAUGCUUGGAGUUUGUCAGAAUUUGUGGGGUUUUGGUUGUCCACCCGCCUCUUGAGGAUCGACCACAAGUUCUCAAUGGGAUUAAGGUCUGGGGAGUUUCCUGGCCAUGGACCCAAAAUGUCGAUGUUUUGUUCCCCGAGCCACUUAGUUAUCACUUUUGCCUUAUGGCAAGGUGCUCCAUCAUGCUAGAAAAGGCAUUGGUCGUCACCAAACUGUUCUUGGAUGGUUGGGAGAAGUUGCUCUCGGAGGAUGUGUUGGUACCAUUCUUUAUUCAUGGCUGUGUUCUUAGGCAAAAUUGUGAGUGAGCCCACUCCUUUGGCUGAGAAGCAAACCCACACAUGAAUGGUCUCAGGAUGCUUUACUGUUGGCAUGACACAGGACUGAUGGUAGCGCUCACCUUGUCUUCUCCGGACAAUGUGUUUUCCGGAUGCCCCAAACAAACGGAAAGGGGAUUCAUCAGAGAAAAUGACUUUACCCCAGUCCUCAGCAGUCCAAUCCCUGUACCUUUUGCAGAACAUCAGUCUGUCCCUGAUGUUUUUCCUGGAGAGAAGUGGCUUCUUUGCUGCCCUUCUUGACACCAGGCCAUCCUCCAAAAGUAUUCGCCUCACUGUGCGUGCAGAUGCUCUCACACCUGCUGCCAUUCCUGAGCAAGCUCUGCACUGGUGGUGCCCCGAUCCCGCAGCUGAAUCAACUUUAGGAGAUAGUCCUGGCGCUUGCUGGACUUUCUUGGGCGCCCUGAAGCCUUCUUCACAACAAUUGAACCUCUCUCCUUGAUGUUCUUGAUGAUCCGAUAAAUGGUUGAUUUAGGUGCAAUCUUACUAGCAGCAAUAUCUUUGCCUGUGAAGCCAUUUUUGUGCAAAGCAAUGAUGACGGCAUGUGUUUCCUUGCAGGUAACCAUGGUUAACAGAGGAAGAACAAUGAUUUCAAGCUCCACCCUCCUUUUAAAGCUGUCUGUUAUUCUAACUCAAUCAGCAUGACAGAGUGAUCUCCAGCCUUGUCCUCGUACUCUCACCUGUGUUAACGAGAGAAUCACUGACAUGACGGCAGCUGGUCCUUUUGUGGCAGGGCUGAAAUGCAGUGGAAAUGUUUUUUGGGGAUUAAGUUCAUUUUCAUGGCAAAGAGGGACUUUGCAAUUGAUUGCAAUUCAUCUGAUCACUCUUCAUGACAUUCUGGAGUAUAUGCAAAUUGCCAUCAUCAAAAUUGAGGCAGCAGACUUUGUGAAAAUUAGUAUUUGUGUCAUUCUCAAAACUUUUGACCACGACUGUACUCUACUGCACAGGACUGUAUUGUACUGAACUAUACUCUACUUUUACUGAACUAUACUCUAAUUUCCUUUUCUGUACUGUACUGUACUAGAGCUGGGAUGAUAAACCGAAAAUGAUCGACAACAACCAUACCGAUCACUUAUCGCAGGCAUUUUGCUGGUAUCAUUCAUUACGAUAAGUAGCCUAUACUAGAGAAAUGUGAAGUUUGAAAUGAAAUAAGUUGACUAAUAUGGGUGAUUGUUAAUGGGACAAUUGAUGGCUACAACCAUAAAACCAAUAGUAGUAGUUUAAAGGAUAAUAAAAUAAAAACUGUGGUGCAGAUUAAUGUUAUAAAGGUAUUGUUCUAUUUAUUGUUAUCGGAUCAAUUAGGCAAUUUAUCACAAAAUCGAUUUUUGUCCAUAUUGCUCAGCUCUAUACUGUACUGAACUAUACUCUACUUUUCUUUACGGUACUGUGCUCUACUGUACUGUGCUGUCCAACCUUGUGAAACAUAGAUCUCUAUGAUUGGUUCAGAUUUGGUCCAGACCGGACCAAAUCUGAACCAGUCAUGGAAGUCUAUAUUUGGGCCAAAUUAAGACCGGUCCAGACGUCUGUGCAUGUUGAAAUCAAGGCCAGUGCGGACUGACCAAAUUUAAACUACUUUUCAACGUCCAUGGAUGUCCGGUGUCGAUUGGUGCUCAGUGGGUGAGGAUGUUGGUUACAGUAAAUGGAAAGAGAGGGGGCUCAUGGGUAGGUGUCCGUAGGAGCCGAGAUAUGUGAUAUUAAUUGGAGAGAAAAGAGAGAGUGAGAGGGAGGUGUUGUCCAGACUUUUCGCACUCUUGCUUUGACCACCAGAAAGAGGAAGAAAACAGUUAUGCCAGUGGAAGGGAGGACAGUAGCAGGUAACCCAACUGUGGUUUCUGACUACUAUGAUUUCCCAUUGUAACCAAUUCAGUUGCAGAAACUCUGUUACCGAUUCUUCUGAAAUUCGGUUGAUGAGUUUUAAUCACUUAAUAAUUCAUAAACAAAAUUGAUAUCAGUAAAAACACUAACUAAUUGAUAGGUCUACCUUUACUUGUUACUUCUGUGAACUUUCAUUAUCCUCCCUCAUGAGGGAGAGAAAUUAGAAAAUAUCUUAAAGAUAAGUGGAUUUUUGUUAAUGGAAUUUCAAGGCACGAGGCAAUGUUUCUUAAAGGCAAAAAAUUAUGCAAAACGAAAUAUAAGUGUUGAUAUUAGUUGGCAGGGGUCUUUACUUCAACAUUGUGUGUUGGUGUAUUUCUAAUACCUUUUAAGACUUUUUCUGGUAGAUGUUGUCGAAGACACCUUUUCCAUCGUUUUGACAAUAAAUAAAAGUCUUGGCUUAUUCUGAUUUUUUGGGAUGGAAAAUGGUUGAAAAAUGCAUACAUACCGUAAUAAAUAAAAUGGUUUACUCUUAGUUUUCAUUUACAUUUUAGUCAUUUAGCAGACGCUCUUAUCCAGAGCGACUUACAGGAGCAAUUAGGGUUAAGUGCCUUGCUCAAGGGCACAUCGACAGAUUUUUCACCUAGUCGGCUCGGGGAUUAGAACCAGCGAAUUUUCGAUUACUGGCACAACACUAUUAACCACUAAGCUACCUGUCGCCCCUGAGCCAUUUGACACCCUAUUUGACAUGCUCCUAUGAACUUCACAUGCUGGUGUUGAUGGCUUGGAAGUGACCAUAGUGCACUGUAUAGGGAAUAGGGUGCCAUUUGGGACGCAGCCUAAAUCUGUGCCAAUUUCAUGCCAGUGUUAUAUUCAAUCAGUGAUGUGAUUUAACGUCUAAUCAAAAUGCUGGAUAGCCGUAAUUGAAAUUACACGGGGUAGGUGGAUAGUGUGUUAGUGUACCCAACGUUCAGUUCUGCCCGCUGAUGAAGUGAUUAGGGACUGAUCGUCAUACCUGCUUGUGUUUCAGCACCCUGGAAAGGGCAUCGAUGUGAGGAAACGGAAGAUCUGGAAUAUGUACGGCCCCCAAACACAUCUAGAGGUGAGGAAGGGCUAUAUGAAACACUGUUUUAGGUCAGUGGUUUUAUUCAGCUUCGAUCAGCUAGUGCUAGUUACUUUAGAGGGAGUAUAUCCUGCGUGAGCCUCAUAGUACCUGUAAUAGACCCCUAGAUCAACUUCAUUUUGAGGGCUUUGAGGAUAUUUUGAAUUCCCUUUUUUUAUUUCAAAGAAACCAAAACUAUUGCACUAUUUGAAAUAUUUGUGAAUACCAGAUUAAUUCAGAUGAUAUGUACAGUAGGUAUUAUAACGGUAAUAUAUUAACUAUUUCGUUCACCUUUUCAAAUGAAAUAAAAUGACAGUCCCAUAAAGCCUAAGUCCAAACCCCCAUAGAUACACAUGGAAUUGCACGUGGGGUUGCAGGGUUCUGUUGCUAGGCACUGUGCUCUGCUGUGCUUUACAUUUCCCCUGCUGCAUGCCUUGAAUGUUUCAUCUGAAGACACGCUGCUCUCUUUCCCUUUACUGUAACCAACAUCCUCACCCACUGAGCACCAACCGACACCGGACGUCCAUGGACGUUGAAAAGUAGUUCAAAUUUGGUCAGUCCGCCCUAGCCUUGAUUUCAACAUCUACAGAUGUCAUUUUUUGGUCCGGUUCGGACCAGCCUUGAUUUCAAUUAGGGCCUAGGGCCUUAAUAUAACAUCAAUACAACACCCUAUUUCCUACAUAGUGCACUGCUUUUGACCAAAGCCAAAAUGGGUCCCUGGUCAAAUGUAGUGCACUACAAAGGGAAUACGGUGCCAUUUGGGAUGCAUCCUGAGAGAUUAGGGAGUUGUGGUCCUCUGUAGUUCAGCUGGUAGAGCACGGCGCAUGUAACGCCAAGGUAGUGGGUUCGAUCCCCGGGACCACCCAUACAAAAAAAUUAUAAUUAUGCACGCAUGACUGUAAGUCGCUUAGGAUAAAAGCGUCUGCUAAAUGGCAUAUUAUUAUUAUUAUUAUUAUUGUGCUAAAUUAGAGCCUCAAAAAAGAACUUGUUCUCUUAGACAUUUCAUCUCAGAUGUCAGACAGUCAGAGCUGUGAAGUCAAUUAAACUCAGUCCAACAUGCUGUCAUAAGAGAACAUUUCGCCACCUCAGUUCCCCAGCGUCAUUUCAGAUACCAACGAGUUAGGAGAGAGGGAGAUAUUAGAAUUAACCCAUUCCCCCAGGCUGCCUUAGAUAAUCGGUAUGCAUAGCCAAAAACUCUUUCAGUGUUUGCACAAUUAUUGUCAGCCAAGAUAGGAAUUCCCAGUGGAGUUCACAGCAGAGCAGCUAGCCAACCUUUAAGUUCCAUUUCAUGGAGAUUAAGGUAUUUCUGGAUUUGCUUUCCCUUCUCCAUGGAGAAUUCAAUCUGUUUUGACCUUUGGUUCAUAUAAAUGACAAUCUCAUCUUCUCUCUUUGGCAUAUGUGAGUGCAGUUCCACCUUAGGUUCCCCCAUGUUGUUGUUGUUUUUACAUCAUUAUAGAUCUAUAGACGACAGUUGCGAGGAUAGCCCAUGUGUCUAUUAUAUCAGACCCAGUUGUCUGGACAGUGGGCACCCCAUUGUGACUUCCCUGCUGUGGCAAAGCUUUUACCCUCUUACCAACAAAUGACAGUGCAAUACUUGUCAAUCAAUCACCAAGGGCCCUCCACUCUAGAUUAUCAACUUCAAAACUGUUCUGUUGAUUUUGUAUAAAAAGGUGUUAAACAUGGCCUACUUAGCUUACAUAGAGAUUGUUGUUACAGUACUGUACCACAUUAUGCAACAUAUUCAAGACACUCCACUUUUGUUUUGUUUGCAACUAGGGAUAAUAUGCCAAGGUACGUGUGAACAGUGGGCAGCUGGCAGCAGGUUGGCAUUUAUUGUCAGGAAUCUUACCCUGGAGGCAGCUCUGAAAAGGGGUCACCAGUUGGCAUAGCCACAAAUUCAUAAAAUCUGAUUUUAAACCUAACCUUAACCACACUGCUAACCCUAACCUUUAUGAUACAGACAAUUCUGACUUUGCAUCUGGCCCAUUUAGCGGAAAUCACUCAGUUCUGCCUCCAGGGCAAGAUUCAGGACAAACGUCAACCUGCAGGGGCCCGGGGCCUUAAUAUAACAUCAAUACAACGUUUACAGCUGCCCUUUAGAGACCAUGGCCUACACUGCUAAUUGAGAUGAAUGGGUUAACUGGGGCUAUUGACAAUGUGGAAUUAGUCUGGACCUGGACUGGACUCCUAGACGGUUAUAAAUGGAUUGUCCAUAGAUACUGUGUUUGUGUACUGCUGUGAGCACAAGGUUGAUUACACGUUAGCAUUUAUUUACUGAAUAAGAGGAAACAGAGAUACUCUAUUAUUUUUUUUGCCUCUGUUUUAGCCUGUAUACUAAAAUAGUGAAUACUAAGCAGAACUGCCAUCUAAAAAUACAAUACAAAAAUGUCACAAUACCUGUAAAAAUUUAGGCACAAAACCUUUCAUCCGACCAUACAGUGUUUGAUUACAAUUAGUAGGCUAGUCGACUAGAAGAAUGAAUGACGCAGUAUGAGAUUGUGGAAAUGAUUGCAUCUUAUGGUUCUUGUGUUCCUUUCAAACUUGCAUGAGGCGAUUGUUUAGCUUGUUUAGCUAGGGACUCGACUAGAACAUGGUGAUGGGAUAUGAUGGUGUCUAGACUAGAACAUGGGGAUGGGAUAUGAUGGUGUCUAGGCUAGAACAUGGUGAUGGGAUAUGAUGGUGUCUAGGCUAUAACAUGGUGAUGGGAUAUGAUGGUGUCAAGACUAGAACAUGGUAUUGGGAUAUGAUGGUGUCUAGGCUAGAACAUGGUGAUGGGAUAUGACUGUGUCUAGGCUAGAACAUGGUGAUGGGAUAUGAUGGUGUCUAGACUAGAACAUGGUGAUGGUGUCUAGGCUAGGCUAGAACAUGGUGAUGGGAUAUGAUGGUGUCUAGACUAGAACAUGGUGAUGGUGUCUAGGCUAGGCUAGAACAUGGUGAUGGGAUAUGAUGGUGUCUAGGCUAUAACAUGGGGAUGGGAUAUGAUGGUGUCUAGGCUAGAACAUGGGGAUGGGAUAUGAUGGUGUCUAGGCUAGAACAUGGUAAUGGGAUAUGAUGGUGCCUAGACAAGAACAUGGUGAUGCAUCUAGACUAGAACAUGGUGAUGGUGUCUAGGCUAGAACAUAGUAAUGGGAUAUGGUGGUGUCUAGGCUAGAACAUGGUGAUGGGAUAUGAUGGUGUCUAGACUAGAACAUGGUGAUGGGAUAUGAUGGUGUCUAGACUAGAACAUGGUGAUGGUGUCUAGGCUAGGCUAGAACAUGGUGAUGGGAUAUGAUGGUGUCUAGACUAGAACAUAGUGAUGGGAUAUGAUGGUGUCAAGACUAGAACAUGGUGAUGGGAUAUGAUGGUGUCUAGACUAGAACAUGGUGAUGGGAUACGAUGGUGUCUAGGCUAGAACAUGGUGAUGGGAUAUGAUGGUGUCUAGACUAGAACAUGGUGAUGGGAUAUGAUGGUGUCUAGGCUAGAACAUGGUGAUGGAAUAUGAUGGUGUCUAGACUAGAACAUGGUAUUGGGAUAUGAUGGUGUCUAGGCUAGAACAUGGUGAUGGGAUAUGAUGGUGUCUAGACUAGAACAUGGGGAUGGGAUAUGAUGGUGUCUAGACUAGAACAUGGUGAUGGAAUAUGAUGGUGUCUAGACUAGAACAUGGUGAUGGAAUAUGACUGUGUCUAGGCUAGAACAUGGUGAUGGGAUAUGAUGGUGUCUAGACUAGAACAUGGUAUUGGGAUAUGAUGGUGUCUAGGCUAGAACAUGGUGAUGGGAUAUGAUGGUGUCUAGGCUAGAACAUGGUGAUGGUGUCUAGGCUAGGCUAGAACAUGGUGAUGGGAUAUGAUGGUGUCUAGGCUAUAACAUGGGGAUGGAAUAUGAUGGUGUCUAGGCUAGAACAUGGGGAUGGGAUAUGAUGGUGUCUAGACUAGAACAUGGUGAUGGAAUAUGACUGUGUCUAGGCUAGAACAUGGUGAUGGGAUAUGAUGGUGUCUAGACUAGAACAUGGUAUUGGGAUAUGAUGGUGUCUAGGCUAGAACAUGGUGAUGGGAUAUGAUGGUGUCUAGGCUAGAACAUGGUGAUGGUGUCUAGGCUAGGCUAGAACAUGGUGAUGGGAUAUGAUGGUGUCUAGGCUAUAACAUGGGGAUGGGAUAUGAUGGUGUCUAGGCUAGAACAUGGGGAUGGGAUAUGAUGGUGUCUAGGCUAGAACAUGGUAAUGGGAUAUGAUGGUGCCUAGACAAGAACAUGGUGAUGCAUCUAGACUAGAACAUGGUGAUGGUGUCUAGGCUAGAACAUGGUGAUGGGAUAUGAUGGUGUCUAGACUAGAACAUGGUGAUGGAAUAUGACUGUGUCUAGGCUAGAACAUGGUGAUGGGAUAUGAUGGUGUCUAGACUAGAACAUGGUAUUGGGAUAUGAUGGUGUCUAGGCUAGAACAUGGUGAUGGGAUAUGAUGGUGUCUAGGCUAGAACAUGGUGAUGGUGUCUAGGCUAGGCUAGAACAUGGUGAUGGGAUAUGAUGGUGUCUAGGCUAUAACAUGGGGAUGGGAUAUGAUGGUGUCUAGGCUAGAACAUGGGGAUGGGAUAUGAUGGUGUCUAAGCUAGAACAUGGUAAUGGGAUAUGAUGGUGCCUAGACAAGAACAUGGUGAUGCAUCUAGACUAGAACAUGGUGAUGGUGUCUAGGCUAGAACAUGGUGAUGGGAUAUGAUGGUGUAUAGGCUAGAACAUGGUGAUGGGAUAUGAUGGUGUCUAGACUAGAACAUGGUGAUGGAUAUGUUGGUGUCUAGACUAGAACAUGGUGAUGGAUAUGAUGGUGUCUAGACUAGAACAUGGUGAUGGUGUCUAGGCUAGAACAUGGUGAUGGGAUAUGAUGGUGUCUAGACUAGAACAUGGUGAUGGGAUAUGAUGGUGUCUAGACUAGAACAUGGUGAUGGUGUCUAGGCUAGGCUAGAACAUGGUGAUGGGAUAUGAUGGUGUCUAGACUAGAACAUAGUGAUGGGAUAUGAUGGUGUCAAGACUAGAACAUGGUGAUGGGAUAUGAUGGUGUCUAGGCUAGAACAUGGUGAUGGGAUAUGAUGGUGUCUAGGCUAGAACAUGGUGAUGGGAUAUGAUGGUGUCUAGACUAGAACAUGGUGAUGGGAUAUGAUGGUGUCUAGACUAGAACAUGGUGAUGGUGUCUAGGCUAGGCUAGAACAUGGUGAUGGGAUAUGAUGGUGUCUAGACUAGAACAUAGUGAUGGGAUAUGAUGGUGUCAAGACUAGAACAUGGUGAUGGGAUAUGAUGGUGUCUAGGCUAGAACAUGGUGAUGGGAUAUGAUGGUGUCUAGGCUAGAACAUGGUGAUGGGAUAUGAUGUGUCUAGGCUAGAACAUGGUGAUGGGAUAUGAUGUGUCUAGGCUAGAACAUGGUGAUGGGAUAUGAUGGUGUCUAGACUAGAACAUGGUGAUGGGAUAUGAUGUGUCUAGGCUAGAACAUGGUGAUGGGAUAUGAUGUGUCUAGGCUAGAACAUGGUGAUGGGAUAUGAUGGUGUCUAGACUAGAACAUGGUGAUGGUGUCUAGGCUAGGCUAGAACAUGGUGAUGGGAUAUGAUGGUGUCUAGACUAGAACAUAGUGAUGGGAUAUGAUGGUGUCAAGACUAGACCCUUUGGGGAUGGGAUAUGAUGGUGUCUAGGCUAGAAACAUGGUGAUGGGGUAUGAUGGUGUCUAGGCUAGAACAUGGUGAGGGAUAUGAUGUGUCUAGGCUAGAACAGGUGAUGGGAUAUGAUGGUGGGCUAGACUAGAACAUGGUGAUGGUGUCUAGGCUAGGCUAGAACAUGGUGAUGGGAUAUGAUGGUGUCUAGACUAGAACAUAGUGAUGGGAUAUGAUGGUGUUUAAGACUAGAACAUGGUGAUGGGAUAUGAUGGUGUCUAGGCUUAGAACAUGGUGAUGGGAUAUGAUGGUGUCUAGGCUAGAACAUGGUGAUGGGAUAUGAUGUGUCUAGGCUAGAACAUGGUGAUGGGAUAUGAUGGUUGUCUAGACUAGAACCAUGGUUGAUGGUUGUCUAGACUAGAAACAUGGGUGGGUGGAUAUGUUGGUGUCUAGACUAGAACAUGGUGAUGGGAUAUGAUGGUGUCUAGACUAGAACAUGGUGAUGGUGUCUAGGCUAGAACAUGGUGAUGGGAUAUGAUGGUGGUCUAGACUAGAACAUGGUGAUGGGAUAUGAUGGUGUCUAGACUAGAACAUGGUGAUGGUUGUCUAGGCUGGCUAGAAACAUGGUGAUGGGAUAUGAUGGUGUCUAGACUAGAACAUAGUGAUGGGAUAUGAUGGUGUCAAGACUAGAACAUGGUGAUGGGAUAUGAUGGUGUCUAGGCUAGAACAUGGUGAUGGGAUAUGAUGGUGUCUAGGCUAGAACAUGGUGAUGGGAUAUGAUGUGUCUAGGCUAGAACAUGGUGAUGGGAUAUGAUGGUGUCUAGACUAGAACAUGGUGAUAGUGUCUAGGCUAGGCUAGAACAUGGUGAUGGGAUAUGAUGGUGUCUAGACUAGAACAUAGUGAUGGGAUAUGAUGGUGUCAAGACUAGAACAUGGUGAUGGGAUAUGAUGGUGUCUAGGCUAGAACAUGGUGAUGGGAUAUGAUGGUGUCUAGGCUAGAACAUGGUGAUGGGAUAUGAUGGUGUCUAGACUAGAACAUGGUAUUGGGAUAUGAUGGUGUCUAGGCUAGAACAUGGUGAUGGGAUAUGAUGGUGUCUAGGCUAGAACAUGGUGAUGGUGUCUAGGCUAGGCUAGAACAUGGUGAUGGGAUAUGAUGGUGUCUAGGCUAUAACAUGGGGAUGGGAUAUGAUGGUGUCUAGGCUAGAACAUGGGGAUGGGAUAUGAUGGUGUCUAGGCUAGAACAUGGUAAUGGGAUAUGAUGGUGCCUAGACAAGAACAUGGUGAUGCAUCUAGACUAGAACAUGGUGAUGGUGUCUAGGCUAGAACAUGGUGAUGGGAUAUGAUGGUGUCUAGACUAGAACAUGGUGAUGGAAUAUGACUGUGUCUAGGCUAGAACAUGGUGAUGGGAUAUGAUGGUGUCUAGACUAGAACAUGGUAUUGGGAUAUGAUGGUGUCUAGGCUAGAACAUGGUGAUGGGAUAUGAUGGUGUCUAGGCUAGAACAUGGUGAUGGUGUCUAGGCUAGGCUAGAACAUGGUGAUGGGAUAUGAUGGUGUCUAGGCUAUAACAUGGGGAUGGGAUAUGAUGGUGUCUAGGCUAGAACAUGGGGAUGGGAUAUGAUGGUGUCUAGGCUAGAACAUGGUAAUGGGAUAUGAUGGUGCCUAGACAAGAACAUGGUGAUGCAUCUAGACUAGAACAUGGUGAUGGUGUCUAGGCUAGAACAUGGUGAUGGGAUAUGAUGGUGUAUAGGCUAGAACAUGGUGAUGGGAUAUGAUGGUGUCUAGACUAGAACAUGGUGAUGGAUAUGUUGGUGUCUAGACUAGAACAUGGUGAUGGGAUAUGAUGGUGUCUAGACUAGAACAUGGUGAUGGUGUCUAGGCUAGAACAUGGUGAUGGGAUAUGAUGGUGUCUAGACUAGAACAUGGUGAUGGGAUAUGAUGGUGUCUAGACUAGAACAUGGUGAUGGUGUCUAGGCUAGGCUAGAACAUGGUGAUGGGAUAUGAUGGUGUCUAGACUAGAACAUAGUGAUGGGAUAUGAUGGUGUCAAGACUAGAACAUGGUGAUGGGAUAUGAUGGUGUCUAGGCUAGAACAUGGUGAUGGGAUAUGACGGUGUCUAGGCUAGAACAUGGUGAUGGGAUAUGAUGUGUCUAGGCUAGAACAUGGUGAUGGGAUAUGAUGGUGUCUAGGCUAGAACAUGGUGAUGACUAGGUGAAAAAUCUGUCGAUGUGCCCUUGAGCAAGGCACUUAACCCUAAUUGCUCCUGUAAGUCGCUCUGGAUAAGAGCGUCUGCUAAAUGACUAAAAAUGUAAAAAAUGUUAAAUGUGAUGGGAUAUGAUGGUGUCUAGGCUAGAACAUGGUGAUGGGAUAUGAUGGUGUAUAGGCUAGAACAUGGUGAUGGGAUUUGAUGGUGUCUAGACUAGAACAUAGUGAUGGGAUAUGAUGGUGUCUAGGCUAGAACAUGGUAAUGGGAUAUGAUGGUGUCUAGGCUAUAACAUGGUAAUGGGAUAUGAUGGUGUCUAGGCUAGAACAUGGUGAUGGGAUAUGAUGGUGUCUAGGCUAGAACAUGGUGAUGGGAUAUGAUGGUGUCUAGGCUAGAACAUGGUGAUGGGAUAUGAUGGUGUCUAGACUAGAACAUGGUGAUGGGAUAUGAUGGUGUCUAGGCUAGAACAUGGUGAUGGGAUAUGAUGGUAUCUAGCCUAUAACAUGGUGAUGGGAUAUGAUGGUGUCUAGGCUAUAACAUGGUGAUGGGAUAUGAUGGUGUCUAGACAAGAACAUGGUGAUGCGUCUAGACUAGAACAUGGUGAUGGUGUCUAGGCUAGAACAUGGUGAUGGGAUAUGAUGGUGUCUAGACUAGAACGUGGUGAUGGGAUAUUGUGGUGCCUAGACUAGAACAUGGUGAUGGUGUCUAGGCUAUAACUUGGUGAUGGGAUAUGAUGGUGUCUAGACUAGAACAUAUUGAUGGGAUAUGAUGGUUACAAGACUAGAACAUGGUGAUGGGAUAUGAUGGUGUCAAGGCUAGAACAUGGUGAUGGGAUAUGAUGGUGUCUAGGUUAGAACAUGGUGAUGGGAUAUGAUGGUGUCUAGGCUAGAACAUGGUUAUGGGAUAUGAUGGUGUCUAGACUUGAACAUGGUUAUGGGAUAGUCAAGAGCCCAUCACCACUAUGGGAUAGUCAAGACCCCAUCACAUGAUGGUGUCUAGGCUAGAACAUGGUUAUGGGAUAUGAUGGUGUCAAGACUAGAACAUGGUAUUGGGAUAUGAUGGUGUCCUCUGUAGCUCAGCUGGUAGAGCACGGCGCUUGUAACGCCAAGGUAGUGGGUUCGAUCCCCGGGACCACCCAUACACAAAAAUGUAUGCACGCAUGACUGUAAGUCGCUUUGGAUAAAAGCGUCUGCUAAAUGGCAUAUUAUUAUAUUAUUAUUAUAUGAUGGUGUCUAGACUAGAACAUGGUGAUGGGAUAUGAUGGUGUCUAGGCUAUAACAUGGUGAUGGGAUAUGAUGGUGUCUAGACUAGAACAUGGUGAUGGGAUAUGAUGGUGUCUAGACUAGAACAUGGUGAUGGGAUAUUGUGGUGUCUAGACUAGAACAUGGUGAUGGGAUACGAUGGUGUCUAGACUAUAACAUGGUGAUGGGAUAUGAUGGUGUCUAGACUAAAACAUGGUGAUGGGAUAUUGUGGUGUCUAGACUAGAACAUGGUGAUGGGAUAUGAUGGUGUCUAGACUAGAACAUGGUGAUGGAAUAUGAUGGUGUCUAGACUAGAACAUGGUAUUGGGAUAUGAUGGUGUCUAGACUAGAACAUGGUGAUGGGAUAUGAUGGUGUCUAGGCUAGAACAUGGUGAUGGGAUAUGAUGGUGUCUAGGCUAGAACAUGGUGAUGGGAUAUGAUGGUGUCUAGACUAGAAUAUAGUGAUGGGAUAUGAUGGUGUCUAGGCUAGAACAUGGUGAUGGGAUAUGAUGGUGUCUAGGCUAGAACAUGGUGAUGGGAUAUGAUGGUGUCUACACUAGAACAUGGUGAUGGGAUAUGAUGGUGUCUAGGCUAUAACAUGGUGAUGGGAUAUGAUGGUGUCUAGGCUAGAACAUGGUGAUGGGAUAUGAUGGUGUCUAGACUAGAACAUGGUGAUGGGAUAUGAUGGUGUCUAGGCUAGAACAUGGUGAUGGAAUAUGAUGGUGUCUAGACUAGAACAUGGUAUUGGGAUAUGAUGGUGUCUAGACUAGAACAUGGUGAUGGGAUAUGAUGGUGUCUAGGCUAGAACAUGGUGAUGGGAUAUGAUGGUGUCUAGGCUAGAACAUGGUGAUGGGAUAUGAUGUGUCUAGGCUAGAACAUGGUGAUGGGUUAUGAUGGUGUCUAGGCUAGAACAUGGUGAUGGGAUAUGAUGGUGUCAAGACUAGAACAUGGUGAUGGGAUAUUGUGGUGUCUAGACUAGAACAUGGUGAUGCGAUAUGAUGGUGUCUUGACUAGAACAUGGUGAUGUGAUAUGAUGGUGUCUAGGCUAGAACAUGGUGAUGGGAUAUGAUGGUGUCUAGGCUAGAACAUGGUGAUGGGAUAUGAUGGUGUCUAGGCUAUAACAUGGUGAUGGGAUAUGAUGGUGUCUAGGCUAGAACAUGGUGAUGGGAUAUGAUGGUGUCUAGACUAGAACAUGGUGAUGGGAUAUGAUGGUGUCUAGGCUAUAACAUGGUGAUGGGAUAUGAUGGUGUCAAGACUAGAACAUGGUGAUGGGAUAUGAUGGUGUCAAGACUAUAACAUGGUAUUGGGAUAUGAUGGUGUCUAGGCUAGAACAUGGUUAUGGGAUAUGAUGGUGUCAAGACUAGAACAUGGUAUUGGGAUAUGAUGGUGUCUAGGCUAGAACAUUGUGAUGGGAUAUGAUGGUGUCAAGACUAGAACAUGGUGAUGGGAUACGAUGGUGUCCAGACUAGAACAUGGUGAUGGGAUAUGAUGGUGUCAAGACUAGAACAUGGUAUUGGGAUAUGAUGGUGUCUAGGCUAGAACAUGGUUAUGGGAUAUGAUGGUGUCAAGACUAGAACAUGGUGAUGGGAUAUGAUGGUGUCUAGACUAGAACAUGGUGAUGGGAUAUGAUGGUGUCUAGACUAGAACAUGGUGAUGGGAUACGAUGGUGUCUAGGCUAGAACAUGGUGAUGGGAUAUGAUGGUGUCUAGGCUAGAACAUGGUGAUGGGAUAUGAUGUGUCUAGGCUAGAACAUGGUGAUGGGUUAUGAUGGUGUCUAGGCUAGAACAUGGUGAUGGGAUAUGAUGGUGUCAAGACUAGAACAUGGUGAUGGGAUAUUGUGGUGUCUAGACUAGAACAUGGUGAUUGCGAUAUGAUGGUGUCUUGACUAGAACAUGGUGAUGUGAUAUGAUGGUGUCUAGGCUAGAACAUGGUGAUGGGAUAUGAUGGUGUCUAGGCUAGAACAUGGUGAUGGGAUAUGAUGGUGUCUAGGCUAUAACAUGGUGAUGGGAUAUGAUGGUGUCUAGGCUAGAACAUGGUGAUGGGAUAUGAUGGUGUCUAGACUAGAACAUGGUGAUGGGAUAUGAUGGUGUCUAGGCUAUAACAUGGUGAUGGGAUAUGAUGGUGUCAAAACUAGAACAUGGUGAUGGGAUAUGAUGGUGUCAAGACUAUAACAUGGUAUUGGGAUAUGAUGGUGUCUAGGCUAGAACAUGGUUAUGGGAUAUGAUGGUGUCAAGACUAGAACAUGGUAUUGGGAUAUGAUGGUGUCUAGGCUAGAACAUUGUGAUGGGAUAUGAUGGUGUCAAGACUAGAACAUGGUGAUGGGAUACGAUGGUGUCCAGACUAGAACAUGGUGAUGGGAUAUGAUGGUGUCAAGACUAGAACAUGGUAUUGGGAUAUGAUGGUGUCUAGGCUAGAACAUGGUUAUGGGAUAUGAUGGUGUCAAGACUAGAACAUGGUGAUGGGAUAUGAUGGUGUCUAGACUAGAACAUGGUGAUGGGAUAUGAUGGUGUCUAGACUAGAACAUGGUGAUGGGAUACGAUGGUGUCUAGACUAGAACAUGGUGAUGGGAUAUGAUGGUGUCUAGGCUAGAACAUGGUGAUGGGAUAUGAUGGUGUCAAGACUAGAACAUGGUGAUGGGAUAUGAUGGUGUCAAGACUAGAACAUGGUAUUGGGAUAUGAUGGUGUCUAGGCUAGAACAUGGUUAUGGGAUAUGAUGGUGUCAAGACUAGAACAUGGUAUUGGGAUAUGAUGGUGUCUAGGCUAGAACAUGGUGAUGGGAUAUGAUGGUGUCAAGACUAGAACAUGGUAUUGGGAUAUGAUGGUGUCUAGACUAGAACAUGGUGAUGGGAUAUGAUGGUGUCUAGGCUAGAACAUGGUGAUGGGAUAUGAUGGUGUCAAGACUAGAACAUGGUAUUGGGAUAUGAUGGUGUCUAGGCUAGAACAUGGUUAUGGGAUAUGAUGGUGUCAAGACUAGAACAUGGUAUUGGGAUAUGAUGGUGUCUAGGCUAGAACAUGGUGAUGGGAUAUGAUGGUGUCAAGACUAGAACAUGGUGAUGGGAUAUGAUGGUGUCAAGACUAGAACAUGGUAUUGGGAUAUGAUGGUGUCAAGACUAGAACAUGGUGAUGGGAUAUGAUGGUGUCAAGACUAGAACAUGGUAUUGGGAUAUGAUGGUGUCUAGGCUAGAACAUGGUUAUGGGAUAUGAUGGUGUCAAGACUAGAACAUGGUGAUGGGAUAUGAUGGUGUCUAGACUAGAACAUGGUGAUGGGAUAUGAUGGUGUCUAGACUAGAACAUGGUGAUGGGAUACGAUGGUGUCUAGACUAGAACAUGGUGAUGGGAUAUGAUGGUGUCUAGGCUAGAACAUGGUGAUGGGAUAUGAUGGUGUCAAGACUAGAACAUGGUGAUGGGAUAUGAUGGUGUCAAGACUAGAACAUGGUAUUGGGAUAUGAUGGUGUCUAGGCUAGAACAUGGUUAUGGGAUAUGAUGGUGUCAAGACUAGAACAUGGUAUUGGGAUAUGAUGGUGUCUAGGCUAGAACAUGGUGAUGGGAUAUUAUGGUGUCAAGACUAUAACAUGGUAUUGGGAUAUGAUGGUGUCUAGACUAGAACAUGGUGAUGGGAUAUUUAGGUGUCUAGACUAGAACAUGGUGAUGGGAUAUGAUGGUGUCUAGGCUAGAACAUGGUGAUGGGAUAUGAUGGUGUCUAGACUAGAACAUGGUGAUGGGAUAUGAUGGUGUCUAGGCUAGAACAUGGUGAUGGGAUAUGAUGGUGUCUAGGCUAUAACAUGGUGAUGGGAUAUGAUGGUGUCUAGGCUAUAACAUGGUGAUGGGAUAUUAUGGUGUCUAGACUAGAACAUGGUGAUGGGAUAUGAUGGUGUCUUGACUAGAACAUGGUGAUGUGAUAUGAUGGUGUCUAGGCUAGAACAUGGUGAUGGGAUAUGAUGGUGUCUAGGCUAGAACAUGGUGAUGGGAUAUGAUGGUGUCUAGACUAUAACACAGUGAUGGGAUAUGAUGGUGUCUAGGCUAUAACAUGGUGAUGGGAUAUGAUGGUGUCUAGACUAGAACAUGGUGAUGGGAUAUGAUGGUGUCUAGACUAGAACAUGGUGAUGGGAUACGAUGGUGUCUAGACUAGAACAUGGUGAUGGGAUAUGAUGGUGUCUAGGCUAGAACAUGGUGAUGGGGUAUGAUGGUGUCAAGACUAGAACAUGGUAUUGGGAUAUGAUGGUGUCUAGGCUAGAACAUGGUGAUGGGAUAUGAUGGUGUCUAGACCAGAACGUGGUGAUGGGAUAUGAUGGUGUCUAGGCUAUAACAUGGUGAUGGGAUAUGACGGUGUCUAGACUAGAACAUGGUGAUGGGAUACGAUGGUGUCUAGGCUAGAACAUGGUGAUGGGAUAUGAUGAUGUCUAGACUAGAACAUGGUGAUGGGAUAUGAUGGUGUCUAGACUAGAACAUGGUGAUGGGAUAGGGGUAAACAGAAGAUAGACAUAUUUGGUAAAAUACCAAAUAAGCAAAGAGAAACUACAGUCCAUCAUUACUUCAUUCCAUAAAAUGUCAAGAACGUUUAAAGUUUCUUCAAGUUCCGUCGCAAUAACCAUCAAGCGCUAUGAUGAAAUUGGCUCUCAUGAGUACCGCCACAGGAAAGGAAAACCCAGAGUUACCUCUGCUGCAGAGGAUAAGUUCAUUAGAGUUAACUGCAUCUCAGAUUGCAGCCCAAAUAAAUGCAUCAAAGAGUUCAAGUAACAGACACAUCUCAACAUCAACUGUUCAGAGGAGACUGCGUGAAUCAGGGCUUCAUUGUUGAAUUGCUGCAAAGAAACCAUUACCAAAGUACACAAAUAAGAAGAAGAAGAGACUUGCUUGGGCCAAGAAACACGAGCAAUGGACGUUAGACCGGUGGAAAUUUGUCCUUUGGUCUGAUGAGUCCAAAUUUGAGAUUUUUACUGUGUAAGAGCUAUUUAACCAAGAAGGAGAGUGAUGGAGUGCUGCAUCAGAUGACCUGGCCUCCACAAUCUCAACCCAAUUGAGAUGGUUUGGGAUGAGUUGGACCACAGAGUGAAGGAAAAGCAGCCAACAAGUGCUCAGCAUAUGUGGGAACUCCUUCAAGACUGUUGGAAAAGCAUUCCAGGUGAAGCUGGUUGAGAGAAUACCAAGAGUGUACAAAGCUGUCAUCAAGGCAAAGGGUGGCUACUUUGAAGAAUCUCAAAUAUAAAAUAUAUUUUGAUUUGUUUAACACUUUUUUGGUUACUACAUGAUUCCAUAUGUGUUAUUUAAUAGUUUUGAUGUCUUCUCUAUUAUUCUGCAAUGUAGAAAAUAGUAAAAAUAAAGAAAAACACUGGAAUGAGUAGGUGUGUCCAAACUUUUGACUGGUACUGUACAUAUAUUGAAUUUGUAACCUCAUCUGACUCAGUAUUUCAGAUCACCCUUCCUUAUACCCACCCAGGCACAAAAUGAGCUGGGAUAACAAUAUCAAGAUGUUAUCCUCCUUCAAUAUUAAAAGUUGGCAACAGAGUUGUUCUUUCGCGACAGAGAGCGGCUGGGGGGUGUCACAAGUCAUUUGUAAUUUUAAAAAUGAAUGAUUCAAAAAUCGAAUUACAGUCGGCGAUGCGUCUCUCUGAUCUAAAGAAGUCUCCUGUGCUUUUGGGUGUGUGUGUGUGUGUGUGUGUGUGUGAUGGCUUCUUAUUCCCAGGCACAGACUGAAUGAUUGGAAACCACUCCGACGAGCUCACGCCGUGGAUCCCCGUUAUAGCGGCCAGGCAAGUCAUCAGCAGACACAAUUUGGUUUAGCUGCCUCAAGUGGCAGCUGAUCUAUUGAAUUUGAAAUAAUAUUAUUUUCAUGAGUUGGGUUGGUUUGGGGAGAGGGAGAAUGGAGGUGUGUUGAUGUGUGAAGGGAUGUUUGAAGCGGCGGCCACCUGAUGGCGAUGUUGAGCUUGGCUCUUGAAGUUAGUCUCUUGCUCUGGUUUGAAUGCUGCAACAAUACUUAAUGAUGCCUCACAGCUCCAUAGGCUUUAAAUUGUCCUCGUUUCUUUUACACCCAACUUUGAGUCAGUUGUACUUAAAUCAGUUGUUCCUACAGUACAUGCUCACCUCUAUGAUGCCUGCUACCUCUGCUUGGCCAGGGUUCUCCUCGAAAAGAGCUUUCCUUUUUAAUAAGACUCAACCAGAGAAAUAAAGGAUGGUUUUGAUGUGUAAUUUCUGUCACUUUCCUCCCACAUUAAGUCAUCCUCCUGCCGGUACUUUGUCCUGCCCUGCUGUUUCUUUGACUUCUAUGGGAAGUACCAGCGGAGACAGUUUCAGAAGUACCAGACUUCAUCUCUGAGAUCAGCACAGCCUGUGGGUUCAACACAGAGGACGACUGCCUGAGAAUCCACUCCACAAAGCGGGUAUGCUAAUGCUAACAACGACACUUGAACACACGGUCCCGUGUGGCUCAGUUGGUAGAGCAUGAUGCUUGCAACGCCAGGGUUGUGGGUUCGAUUCUCAAGGGGAAAAAGUAUGAAAAUGUAUGCACUCACUACUGUAAGUUGCUCUGGAUAAGAGCGUCUGCUAAAUUACAAAUAAAUAAAAACAACACACAGUACAGGUUAACAUAAGCCACUCACAUUGUUUUAAUUUAACCCCUUACUCUACAGGUGUGUCUGGUGGGAAAGUCAAGGAUCUACCAGCUGUCAAUCAAAUCACAGAGUAAUCUCUCCUUCAAAACAUGAGCUGUAAUUGAGGUCAUAUUAGGUUUAGGAAUAAAGAGCAAAAACUACAUAUCUGCUCUGUGGUUCAUUACUAUAAUGGAGUGCAUUGGGUUUAUGUACACUGCACCACAUGGUGUAUAGUUGACCCAGUGGAAUUCAGGAUGAUGGGGUGUGUGCAGCAACGUUAAGGUCAUGAUAGGUCCCUUAUGUCUUUAACGUCAACCCCUACCUCAGCCUGUAUGUCUCCAUGUCUAUCUCUCUCUCUCUCUCAGGAAUAG